GUCUCUCAGUCUUCCGUUCCCACGUCCUAACGGCGGCGGCCUGCUCGUAGCCGAGGUGAGAUUGAAUCUCAGAUCGAUCCUCUGAAUGGCAGACAGGGCUGAGGCAAGCGGCGACGACCGAAUCAGCGCCCUCCCUCUCGACGUCCGUCUGCGCUUGCUUUCCAUGUUGCCCGUGGAAGAUGCAGUGCGGAGCAGCGAGCUCUCCCGCGAGUGGCGCGGGCUCUGGAAGAAAAUGCCCAGCCUGCGCCUCGUCGGUUUAGAGCGGUUCGAGACCGCCGAGGGUUUCAACAAGUUCGUGAACCAUCUCAUCGUUCUCCGCGGCCACUUGCCCCUCGACAAGUUCAAGAUCGAUGUCCGGGAAUCUGAGGCAGCUGAGCGGUACCCAUACGCCAAUAUGUGGAUCCAGUACGCUCUAAUCUGCAAGGUUCGGGUGCUCAGCGUCUUCUGCGAAGCUGUUGUCGACGAUUGUAUACAACUCACCGUGCCUCUUGUCUCUGAGCGCCUGACGACCCUGAAUUUUACCGAUAUUGAUUUCGAGAAGUGCUCUGCACUUGUUGACUCGAAGCUAUCUCUGGAUUUCUCAGGCUGCCCGUUGUUAAAGAGUCUAAGCAUGGAUAAGUGCACCAUUUACGUGGACAAGAUCUCAUCCAAAUCGCUAAAGCGGCUGCUCAUCACCUUUUCUUUCUUAUCACACUCGCGCACAUGGAUUUCUGCACCAAGUCUUGUUUCAUUGGAGCUCAGUGAUUGCUGUGGCCAGGCUCCUGUCCUUGAAAGCAUGCCAUUCCUACAAAGUGCAUUCAUUAGGCUCAGUGAGAAUCAGGGCUCGUGUGAUGUUAUGUAUCCUCCGGUACAGAAAUAUGCCCAUCGAAGUUGUGAAUGUUGUUACGGUUACCAUUUUAGCGGUUACCAGAGUGUGCUUCUCAAUGGUUUGUCCAAUGCUACCCAUCUGGAGUUGAUAGCUGACCCUGAAGUGUAUAUCUACAGAAGGGAUUUGGCUUGUUGCCCUGUAUUUGGCAAUUUGAAGACUCUGUUACUCAACGAGUGGUGUGUGGAUAAUGGCUUACAUAGACUAGUUUGCAUUCUUCAACACUCGCCUAUUCUUGAGAAGCUCACACUUCUGUUUUAUAACACUAAGGGUGUCCCUAGUGCAAUGAAAGACGAUGGGAACCAUGAUCCAGUAGAACAAACAUUUGCAUGUCCGCACCUUAAGGUAGUUAACAUCAAAUGUCAAGUGAGGAAUGAGAGGGUUUCCAAAACAUUGAAGCUCUUGAGUACAUGUGGCGUACCUUGUGAGCACAUUAGGUUGAAGCUCAACCAGUUACGCUCAUAUCGUAAGUUGACUAUUUUCAUUCUCCAUGCCUUGCAAGGUUUCUGCAAUCUUCUAAACUGUUGCAAGUCUAAAAGUAAGACACGAGAUUUUAACCUUUGCACUCUAAGAUGUCUGCUUUAUUUCCUAUGCGGCACCGAAAUGGAUACAGAUGCGUCAAUUUCUAGAAAUAAGGAUACAUGGAUACAUUUGAACAAUUUUAAUAAUAAAUUAUAAUUCGCAUAUCAUGAUUUAAACAGAAAAUUAUCUUCAUAUAUAUAUCAUGUCUUUUGUUCUUCUCCUACGACAACAAGCGAAAGAGUAGGCCUAGCUCACUAGCUUAGUACACACUGCAAAGAGGGAGUGCUGCUCCUUAAGCAAAGGAGAUCGGAAAGAAAGGGGAAAUCAGCACUCAUUAGACAACAGCAAG